CCAGGCACAAUGGGCUUUCACAUUGGCGGCAAUACAGAGUUCGAAUCCUACUCAACAGUCUAUAGAGAGAGGAGGUUCUUCUUCGGCGGCCAUGGCGUAAAAUUGAAGCUUAAAUCUACUUCUCUGUGUUGGUUUUCUCCGUUCCAAAAGCGAAAUCUGUAGCAAAAUUGGAGAUGCAGUUGAGACCCUCCGAUGGACAGAGAGGCUAAUCUUCCGGUUAAACCUCCGAAGAGUCUCUUCCGCUCCACCUUAAACCAGGAUUCAUCAUCGUCAUCCUCUCCCGAACUUCUACGGCAUCUUCAAGCCGCUUUCAAGCGUCAUCGUCCUCUCAAUAAAAUGAAGACCACUAUUGGGCCUCGGAGAUGUGUUGUUCCGCAACGACAGCCUUCAAAGAGUUCUUCUACAUCUGAAGAAGGGCAGAGACCUCAAGAUGUUGUUUCGUUGAGUCACAGUCUUGCUGCCAAUACGUUGACACAUUUUGUUACUAGAUAAUCUUCAGGAUCUAUUGAUGAUAUGUUUGGCGAGAAUUUCAACCCAUCAGACAGGCAGAUUGAUUUGCGGAAACCUGCUCUUGUUACUAGUAGUUCAGAAACCAUUUUGAACGAAAAUGUCAACAGAAAGGUUCAGUCUCUCGUUGGCAGCAUAACCCUCACUUCUCAUGAUAUGGAAUGGGAUACCACAAGUCAGGCUGAGGCAUCGAAUCUUGGUGCUUGUACUAGAUCAAAACAUCAGAAUCUCCAAUCUGUUGAUUCCGAGGCCAGUUUGAAAUCUGAAUACAAGGCUUCAUCUUCGUUGGCAAAGGUGCAGGGCCAGAUGGGAGAAUUUCGCAACUUCUUGAACCAACCUGCAUCUCAAUGUUCUGCCAUGGGGUCAUCAUGUGCCACCACUACGUCAAUUCGUUCGUCUUCAGCUCCUAUGUUAAAUGCGACUACCCAAGUCUCUCGUUGUUAUGCUGAGUCUGUUCCAAAUGCAAAUUCCCAUGCUGUCUCAAGUCAAGGGAACUUGCCUUCUUUGUGUCCUUCUUCCAAGGAUAGCAACAUUCUGCAUGCUAAUAAAGAUGCCCUUUUAUCUGAGAUGCCAUCCUCAGCUAUUGAUCCAGAAGUAAGAGUCAAAGAGACAGGCAUGUCUAAGCAGCAACAGUGCACUAUAGAACUUGAAGCUCCUGUAGUAUCUUCCAGUCAUGGUACUGACGGAACAGCUAAGCCUCCUCUGCCCGAUGAGUUGCUUACCAGUGUUAGCUCACAGCCGCAAAAACCAGAUAAGGUUGCAAGUAGCAAAGGGACAUCAGCUCCUCGUAAAAGAAACUAUGAUCCAGACUUGUUCUUUAAAGUCAAUGGGAAACUCUACCAGAGGCUUGGCAAGAUAGGAAGCGGAGGAAGUAGUGAAGUCCACAAGGUUAUUUCAUCAGAUUGUACCAUAUAUGCGCUCAAGAAAAUUAAGCUCAAGGGUCGUGACUAUGCUACGGCAUAUGGAUUUUGCCAGGAGAUUGGGUAUCUAAAGAAGCUGAAAGGCAAAACCAACAUCAUUCAGCUAAUAGACUGCGAGGUUACAGACAAGUGUUUGCUCCAGGAGGUUUUGAAUGGCACAAUGAGUAACAAAGGUGCAAGAGUGAAGGACGAUGGAUCUAUAUAUAUGGUACUAGAAUAUGGAGAAAUCGAUCUGGCUCAAAUGUUGUCUCAAAAGUGGAAGGAAAUCGAAGGAUCUGACCGGACAAUUGAUGAAAAUUGGCUUCGGUUCUACUGGCAGCAAAUACUUCAAGCUGUGAACAUCAUACAUGAUGAACGCAUUGUGCACUCUGAUUUGAAACCCGCGAACUUCCUUCUUGUCAGAGGCUUCUUAAAGCUUAUCGAUUUUGGUAUUGCAAAGGCGAUUAAUAGCGACACCACAAAUAUUCAACGAGAUUCACAGGUGGGGACGUUGAGCUACAUGUCACCAGAAGCAUUCAUGUGCAACGAGAGCGAUGUAAAUGGAAACACAAUAAAAUGUGGAAGGCCAUCAGAUAUAUGGUCACUUGGUUGCAUACUAUACCAAAUGGUCUAUGGAAGAACACCUUUUGCAGAAUACAAGACCUUCUGGGCAAAGUUCAAAGUCAUAACUGAUCAAAACCAUGAGAUCACUUACAACCAACUCUCUAACCCAUGGCUCGUCGACCUGAUGACGAAAUGUCUAGCUUGGGACCGUAACCAAAGAUGGAGAAUCCCUGAGCUCCUCCAGCAUCCAUUCCUUGCCCCUCCUAUCCCACUGGAGCCUCGAGUCAGCAUCAGCAUUCAACUGCUCAGUCACAUAGCUACAUCUUUUGGUAGUGAUGACAGGGUUUCAGAGCUUUGUGCUCAACUCCAGGAACGGUUACGUGUUCUUGAAGGAGAUUAA